AUAAAAUCUAAAAGAAUGACAUAUUCAUAUUCUCUACCCAAAAGAUUUGUUUCCUCUAUUUUGGCUAUGCAAUUCUUCAUCAUACAUAGUGUUUCUUCGUUGAACCUUACCAAUGAUUAUCUCAACCACAAAUGCUUCCUUGAUCAAGGGAUAUAUAAUUCUGGAAGUGAGUACGAGGACAACCUCAACAUUAUUUUGCGCAGUGUUCGUAAUGGUAAUUAUUAUAACAACGGUUUUGUGCGCACAAGCUUGGGUCGUGAACCUGCUCCUGAUGCUGUUACCGUCAUGUUCCAGUGUCGUGGUGACUCUUAUGGGUCUAAAUGCCGUUCAUGUGCUGACACUGCAGUUGCAGGGUUUCGUAGAAGAUGUCUAAGAAACAAAGGAGGAAUAAUAUGGUAUGACCAAUGUUUUCUCUGGGUUAGUGCGAUCGGUGAAGAAAUGCCAAUCAAUACUGACUACAAGAAUAUUUUUUCUAUGUACAACUCAAAUAACGUGAGAGGAGAUGCAAAAUUGUUUGUUAAGAAGGUGUUGGAUUUUUUCUCUGAGCUAACACUUAAAGUUGAUAAAAAUAGCGAGGCUGGCGACCUCGUCAUACUUUACGCAGAAGGGAAAAAGAAGCUUGGGAAAAAUACAUUGUAUGCAAUGGUGCAGUGUGUAGAAUUAACAAUAGAUUGUAAAAGUUGUUUGAUAUGGAGCAUCGCAAAGCUUUUCAAGAACGACAACAUUAAACAAGGAGGAAGAGUUUUAGGUUCGAACUGUGAAGUAAGAUAUGAGCUAUACCCUUUUAUUAGGAGUUGAGCAUUUUUUUGUGGUGGUGAUGAAUAUAUCCGCUUCGUAACUUCUAAUUAUGUUUUAGUUUUGUUUACUUUUUUUUGCUGAAGUUUAAUACAUAUAUUAAUAAAUAGUGAUUAAGAAA